AUGGUGAGAGAACCGUUGUCAAUUAAUCUGUUUACUCCAAGUGCUGGUGCAGGUAAAUCAACAACUGAUGUGAAUGGUAAAUUUCUUUUUUCUCAAGUGCUCAUUGAUUGCCUGCUAAGGCUAAAAUUCACUCAGAAAGAUAUGAAAGAAUUUAUGGAAUUUUGCAAGCAGAAGUUUGAAGGUGAUGAUGAAGAGUUAAGAAACCUUCGUGAGUUUGAAGAGGAUUAUUCACCUAACAAAGCUUUAUGGUGGUAUUCACGAGAAUCUUUCUUUUACAAGACUCUUAAUGCAGCUCUACGUACUCAAGAAAUUCAUUUGAUGUUUUUAUUUCGUGCAUUUAUCUCUGAUAUCUGUCGUCAAUUAGAAAGUCAUCAAACUCAGCAACCUAUACGAACUUAUCGAGGCCAAAUGCUACCAAGUGAUGAACUGAAAACUUUGAGAGAAUGCUGUAAUCAGUUUAUUUCAGUGAAUUCAUUUUUUUCCACCAGUACGGAUGAUCAGCGAGCUCUUUCAUUUAUUAACUCUUAUGGUAUUACAGCUGGUUUAGAGCGAGUGAUGUUUGCAAUCGACGCUGAUCCUAAGAUGAUCAGUACAAAGCCAUUUGCUGACAUCAGUUCGUAUAGUAAAUUUAAGGAAGAAGCAGAAGUGCUGUUUAUGCUUGGCUCUAUUUUUCGUUUAAACAGCGUCAAUCGUAGUAGCGAUGGUCAAUUUUGGAUCAUCCAAAUGACUUUAUGGAGUGACAGUGAACAUGAUUUAAAACAAGUCUUCGUGGAUAUGAGAGAGAAACUUGGCAGUGGAGAAACAAGUCUUCAAACAUUAGGAAAAGUAUUAUGGGAGAUGGGAAAGCCUGAUUUAGCUGAGAAAUACUUUAUUCGCUUCUCAAAACAACUCAAACCCGACGAUCCUUUACUUGUUGAUUUGUAUAUCAAACUUGGCAAACUCGCAUCUCAAAAUGGUCACUACGAAAAGAGUAUUAAAUGGCAUAAAAAAGUUAUCGCACUAAAAAAGCAGAUACAAUCAACUGUGGCUUCAAAUACUAAUGUACCAAAUUCUUCUAUAAGUAAGUUCGUAGAAAGACAAUAUACCAUUUUAAAACUAAUGCCUUAUAUAAGACAUGAUAAAUUUUUAUCAGAAGUUUUUAAAAACUGA